AUGCAAAUUUUUAUAAACAUCCCGUAUGAUGACUCAUUAUGUAUUGAGUCAUUCAACGUUAGUAGCAUAAAAGAUGUGAAGGAGAAGAUAUCUGAGUUGAAAGGUAUCCCUUGUGAGGUGCAAAGGUUGUUCAAAAAUGGCCGCCAAUUGGAAGACGAGGAGCUUAUGGACCUUCACGAGAAUGAACUUGAAUACACCAUAGACUUAAACUUCGCAUUACUUGGUGGUGGCAAGAAAAAGAAAAAGAAAGUUUACAAGAAACCCAAAAAGGAGAAACAUAAGAAGAAAAAGGUCAAAUUGGCUGUACUUAAAUUUUACAAAGUUGGGGACGAUGGAAAAGUGUUUAGAUUGAAAAAGCAGUGUGAUAAUUGUGCACCUGGCACCUUGAUGGCUGCUCAUUUUAAUAGAGACUACUGUGGAAGAUGCCACCUCACCAUUAUGAAGAAGUAG